UUUUUGAUAAUUGAGUUGUUAUAUGUAGACUACUAUGCUGACUCAAUUGUUCACAGAAGAAUAUUUGAUUAUGUCAACUGGAUGAACUUCUGUUUGCGGCUUUAUUCUGACUGAGACUUCAUCAAAUUGAUUAAACCUGCUGAAAAUCUUGAUUGUUUGCUUACAAAUGCAAUAAUACCAAACGAAACUUUCUCGUCAAGAGAACAAGCUUGUACUGAACGACUUGCAUAGAAGUGAAAUCUCAGCUUGGAUCGGAUUUCUGAACUACUGGCAGCUUAUCGUUGCGGUCGGGUGUGAUGAAUGAGCGUACUGGAAGUGGCGGGAGAGAUGUCUCCUCCGAGUCCAUUCUGGACAGGAUGCGAUCGGCUGUGUCGGUGGAGCUAUACAUGAUUCUCAUGUGCCUUGCCUCCAACAUGAACUACCCGUCACAGCAAGGUCUCAUCUACGAGCGAGUGUGUCGAGACCAAUACCCUUGGGUGUACAAUAUUUCGCACAAGUGUGAUAACCUCACCUCUCACCAGGACUCGGAAGUGAAGAAAAUGGUGUCCUACUGGAACCUCAUCCUCAAUGUGCUCUUCUACUCGCCCCAGUUGGUCACCCUUGUUCUCUGUGGCAACCUAGGCUGUCGUCUCAAUCUCAAAGGCCUCCUGCCUAUCCCUCCUCUGUUCUGUCUGCUCGCUACGAUUGUCUAUCUCCUCUUUGCUCUGUUCGACACUUGGCCUAUUUGGCCCCUCAUGAUUGGCAAUCUACUACAGGGCAUGGGCGGAGGUUACUUGUGCAGUUUCGCCCUCGGGUACAGUUACUUGGCCCUCAAGUCUUCACAGGCUGGAAGAACAGCCAACAUCUCUAAAGGAGAAGCAUGCGGCAGUUUGGGCUUGCUCCUCGGACUUGUAGGCUGUGGACCGAUAAUCGAUAAUUUCGGUUUCUCCUAUGUCUGGAUUAUCAACGCAGCCUUAUACUUUUUCUGUAUAAUUUAUGCAAUCGUAUGGGUACCAUCGUUGACAAAUGUGACUCUUCUGAGGGAAUCUGCAACGUACACCAGGCUUCAAGAGAGUCCAGAACUUGCAACGUGUUGCAGCGGAACUUGUAAUCUCAAUUCAAACUGUAGAAGUCUGCAGCUGUGUUUUGGGCCUACAAGAGACCCGACCAAAGCCAUCAUUGUCGUGCUUCUCGGUUUGAUCGUCGUUCUGUGCGACCUCUCGGGAGUAGCUGAGGCUUCUGUAUCCUACCUGUACACGAAGAGUGACCCGAUUAACCUGAGCCAAUCAGAUUACAGUUACUUCAUGGGAGCCAAGACACUGGCGGGGUGUGUCGGCUCUUUGAUCAUUCUGCCUCUAAGCUCAUCGUACCUACCCUUUUCUGAUUUGUUUUACGCUAUAGUUGGAAUGUGUUUGCGCGCAGCCAUGGAACUGUACACAGGUUUCUGCCGCACUCAGUUCAUGCUGUUCUUCGUACCCUUGUUCGCUCUAUUGGCCAGUAUGGUGGCACCCAGCUGUCGAUCAGUAAUUAGUAAGACUGUGGCCCCCCACCAAGUCAGCUCCGUCUUCUCUCUCCUCGCACUCGCUGAGUGCAUCAUAAAUAUAGGACAGUGAUGGGCAUUUAAA